UUCGCUAUUUUUACGAGGAGAAUGGACGACACCGGACACGUUUGAUUCCAGCUACAACUCUUCAGUUCUAGACUUGGAGAAGGAGCAGAGGAUCUGUCCCAUCUACCAAUCUCCCAGGAUGUCCAAACGAAGUCUCCGUCUGCACCCCAGCACAAGUUACUAUGAAGAUGACUGCAUGCUUGACUCGUCACUCCACAAUAGCGCAACCUACUUCUGCAUAGAUGAUAUGAAUCUGCGCAGAAGGCCCAUUCGCUCUUGGUCGACAACAAUUGUUCAGGGUCCAAGGUCUGCUACAUUGUCAUCUCAGGAUUCCCAUAACAGCACCCUGAACAGCUUUGCACCCAGCAAUUCCUCUCUGCUGAAUGAGUCCUCUAUACAGGAGCGCACACUAGUCGAUGGCUUCUGGGCCCAACCACUGCGAGCACAGCAGAAUAUAGGAGAGGCUUCAGUGCAUGUCUUCGAAGCUGAGAGCAGCUACCUCGGAAGUGAAAGCACCAGAGACUACCAACCCUCUCGUGCUCCUUCCUCUGCCCUGCAUGCUACUGCUGAUGCUGCUGGAGGUCUGGCGUCUUCAGCCACAUCAAACGGCACAGCCGCCUCCGCUAACCAUAAUACUACGGUAUAUGGCAGGGACAGUUGCAGAGCAAAGCAUGGGAAGGCAGCCUCAGGAAGCUUCUGGUGGCUAGACAAUAUCUUUUCCAAGUAUCUCCCUAUGCUUUCAAAACUCCUAUUCCUUGUACCUUUCCUUCUGUGUCUUGCUCUGUGGUACUGGGGUCCAUCCGGAUUGUUGGCCAUGCUGCCUGUUGCUAGCAUGGAUUUGGCCUCUCACCCCAUCCCACCAACCACUCAAACCUCCAUGGGCAACUCUGAGAAGGGUCAAACUCCUGCUGACACUGACUCUCAGCGGGACUCUGUUCUAACGACGGCAGAUUCCGAGAGGCUCACACGUUUGGAAGACCUUAUGGUUCAGCUGUGGGAUCAAGUGGCGGGUGCUUUGCUCAGACAGGAAGAGCAGCACACAGAAGUAUUGAGUCUUUACAACACACUGCGAGUAGAGCUGCACAGGCAUACUGACAGAGAAAGCAUGGGCAAGUGGAUCGGUGACAUGCUGGAGGAGAGAUUCAGCCACCUGAAGGGAGAGGUGGAGAACGAGGCCAAGCACACACAACAGCGUCGCGAAACGCACACCAAAGAGCGUGAGUCAGAGAACACUCGACUUGCUAAAGCGGAGGCUCUCCUGCAGACACUUGCUUUCAAAACUGAGGAGCUUCAGAGAAAACAAGAGCCUGCCAAGAUGAAGGUGCCUGAGGCUGAGCUGCCCAUCCCAGAGCCCGACAGUGAGGAGUCGGAGGGCACCUCUACCAGUGAACUUCUGCUGGCAGAGGUGAGGAGGCUGGAGGAGGCAUUGGCACACAUCAGAGAUGAUGUGCAGGGGCUGAUGGGGUGCAGAGACAGAUGUGAGCAGCUGGACUCUCUCCAGAGCUCGGUGUCUGAGCAGGUGGAGAAGGAAGUAAGGUCUAUGUUUUAUGGCAGUGACCAGGCAGCUGAGCUUCCUCAGUCUUUCUUGCAGUGGGUCUCUGAUCAGUUUGUGAGCACCACAGAACUGCAGGCUUCACUCAUAGUCCUGGAGCGCAGCAUUCUGGGUAACCAGUCCCUUCAUAUAGAGGAGGGCCAGUCACCUUCUAAAGAGACAAUCACGCAAACUAUACGACAAGCCACUGGGGAGACGGGCCUCACUGAGGAAGAUAUACAGUUGAUUGUGAACAAUACUCUUAAACGCUUCUCUGAAGACCGCACUGGUCUGGUGGAUUAUGCAAUGGAAGCUGGAGGAGGCAGCAUUAUUGGCACACGCUGCACAGUGUCCCACGAAACCAAAACUGCACUGCUGAGUCUGUUUGGCCUCCCGCUGUGGUACUUUUCCCAGUCUCCCCGUGUCGUCAUACAGCCUGAUGUGCAUCCUGGGAACUGUUGGGCAUUUAAAGGCACACAGGGUUAUCUGGUGAUCAGGUUGUCGAUGAUGAUCGUGCCUACAGCCUUUUCUCUGGAGCAUAUUCCAAAAUCCCUGUCGCCCACCGGGAGUAUCAGUAGUGCUCCUCGAGAAUUCAAUAUAUAUGGUCUGGAUGACGAGUAUCAGGAAGAGGGACAGUUGCUUGGUCAGUUUGUUUAUGAAGAAGAUGGAGAUGCUCUUCAGACCUUUACGGUCACUGAAGAGGUCAUGAGAGGUUUUCAGAUCAUUGAGUUGCGAGUGUUGUCUAAUUGGGGUCAUCUGGAGUACACCUGUCUGUACCGUUUCCGGGUGCACGGAAAGCUUGUUGAUGAGUAACGUACUAACACUCAGGACAUAAUGAAUCUAUCACUUAAGCACUGAAAACAAGGACAAAUAAUGUGCCAUAGGUCUAUACAUUUAGGCUUGCACCCGAGGAGGUGUGAUAUAUAUACAGUAUAUAAUGAUUGCGUGCUGGUAAAUGGACUGUUAGGCCUCAGUUCCAGAAACUGAAAUUGCACUUCUUACGUCAUAUACUAUCCACCUUUGUCAUUUAUCAGGGUUGUGCUUUUUCUUUACAGUUUAAUUUAUUUUUAACCCAGUGUGGCAGAAAAUUGUUCACCAGCAAACAAAAUGCAUUUGCAAAACUCUCUAAACUAUACACAAACCAGUGAAGAAUGUAUUUUACAUCAAAUGUAAAUAUUGUCAAUAGGUUCUCUAAAUUUGUGCAGUUUUUGUUUGUAUAUUUGUUUUAGUUUAUUUAAGAAUGGCUUUAGAUAUAUUUCUUUGUUAAUAUAAGCAAGAUUGGAUUGUGUAUUUUUGUAUAUGCUUUUCAUAAUCUUUAUGCAAAUGAUUUUGUAAUUGUUAUGUGAUCUUUGCAGGUUGGC